AUGCUCCUCCGCCUGAGCCCCAGUCGGAUGGCCUUGAAAAGGAAGCUCGACAGUUUCCUGCGAAACGUGCACUCGCAAUCUGCGCCCCCUGCCGCCAUGGCACACGCCCGCACAGUACGGCUAAGUGCUCGAGAGGAGCAGCUCCGGGCUCUCCUGCUGGACGUCUGCCGCUCCAUCGACGCCGCCGGCGACGUCACGCAACCCAUUAUCCUUCGAUGGGCUGGCGGCUGGGUCCGUGACAAGCUACUCGGCAUCGAGAGCCAUGACAUCGAUGUUGCCAUCAACGCCAUGACUGGCGUCCACUUUGCUCAGCGGAUGUGCGACUUCUGCACCCUGCCCGAUGCCAUCAAGAGGCACGGCAUCGGCCCCCGCGACGUUGGGAACCUGCACAACGUUGCUCGCAACCCGGACAAGUCUAAGCAUCUCGAGACGGCCAUGGUCAAGAUAUUCGGCCUCGAUCUCGAUUUUGUCAACCUACGCAGGGAGACAUACGCCGACGACAGUCGUAACCCCGCAAUGGAGUUUGGUUCGGCCGAGGAGGACGCACUGCGCCGCGACGCCACCAUCAACGCCCUCUUCUUCAACCUGCACACUGGCUGCGUCGAAGACUUUACUGGUGGCCUGCCCGACAUGGCCGCCCGCAUGAUCCGCACCCCUCUGGACCCGCUGCAGACAUUUACCGAUGACCCUCUUCGCGUUCUCCGCCUCGUUCGCUUCGCCAGUCGUUUGCAGUUUUACAUCGACCCGGCCACGCAACGUGUCAUGGAUCACCCCACCGUCCUGCAGGCCCUUAGAGUCAAAAUAAGUCGUGAAAGGGUCGGGGUGGAGCUGGAGAAGAUGCUCAAAGGUACCUGUCCGCCCCAGGUUGAGGUUCAUUUUUGGGCCCAGCCCACCCGUCGAGCCCUAGAGUUGCUGGACGAGCUACAUCUUUACCAUGCUAUCUUCACAGACCCUGCGCGGGAACCGACAGAGCGUCCGGACCUGAGACGAUGGCACGUGGCAUAUGAGUGCCUGGGCUGGCUGCUCGGGAAUCGCAGCCCCGGAUCCAUUGGCACCCUGCUAGCUCAGUCUGAGGAAGCUGUCUAUGUGGCUUGGAAUCUCGCAGCCGUAAGUCCCUGGAUGCCCGUCGAGGAACCACCGGGCGUCAAGAAGAAGGCGAACGCGCUCCCUCCCGUCGCCGUCAUUGCCCGCGAAGGCUUCAGGGCGCCGAAUAAGCUCACGGACGUCAUGGCGGCCAGUCACCGGCACCGCAAGGAGAUACUUCAGCUCAAGGAAGCCGUCUGCCAUGGGGAGCCCUGGACCCGCCAACGAGAUAGAUGCGGAAUGGCAAUUCGCCGAUGGGACAGCCAGGGCGGGUUCUGGACCCUGCAGGUGCUCAGCACGCUCCUUGUCGAUGCCAUGGAGCAAGUCGAUUCCUGGCCGAUUGUCGCUCAUCCGGGUAAGCCCAGCCAACCAGCCGAUGUCCCGGAAACCCCACUUUCUUCAGGUGCAAGCAAAAGCAAGAAUCUUGAUCCGUCCAUAGCCAAGCGCGACGACUUUAUCACUGGAUGGCAGAAGUUUCUCGACCAUGUCGUUGAGCUCAAUGUCUACAAUGCGCCAACCAUGAAACGCCUGCUUGAUGGACGUGCCCUGGCUCAAGCGCUAGGCGUAAAACCCGGGAAAUGGACGGGAAAGGCUCUUGACGUGUGCAUGGCCUGGCAGCUGCGUAACCCGGACGAAACUGACCCAAGCAAGGCAAUCGAGGAGGUGAGGAUGAGACGGGAUGAGUUGGGCAUUCCACUUGACGGCUAG